UACUGGAAAUUUAAUGGUACAAUCUUAUGUUUAUAAAAUAAAUAACUUACAAGGUACUUCAUUAUCACCACCAUUGUUUCCAAUUUCUGAAAGUGAAGAUGAAAAUACAGAUAAUAUUCCCUCUAAUGAUUUUUGUUAUGUUACGGUCGAUCCUGUCAAAAGAUGGGUUAAUGUUUGGUAUCAUGCUGCUUGUGAAUAUUUUU